AACAUGAAAAUCCUCGUGGCCUUGGCCGUUUUUUUUCUUGUCUCCACUCAACUAUUUGCUGAAGAAAUUGGAGCCAAUGAUGAUCUGAAUUACUGGUCCGACUGGUCUGAUAGUGACCAGAUCAAGGAGGAGCUGCCGGAGCCCUUCGAGCAUCUUCUGCAGAGAAUCGCCCGGAGACCCAAGCCUCAGCAGUUCUUUGGAUUAAUGGGCAAACGGGAUGCUGAUUCCUCAAUUGAAAAACAGCUGGCCCUGUUAAAGGCUCUUUAUGGACAUGGCCAGAUCUCUCACAAAAGGCAUAAAACAGAUUCCUUUGUUGGACUAAUGGGCAAAAGAGCUUUAAAUUCUGUGGCUUAUGAGAGGAGUGCGAUGCAGAAUUAUGAACGAAGGCGCAAAUAAACUACCCGACAAAUGAUUUAUUUCAGCUUCACUUGUGUUAAUGAGCAAUGAAAGCAAAAUAAGACACGCGCUAGGAGGAAUAAUUAUUUAUUUAAUAACAAUUGUUGUUUUGAGUUGAAGACUCAAAAAAAGUGUUUAUUUUUCAUAUCGUGCCAAUAUGUGUUGUAAACACGUGUUGUAAUUAUAAUAUGGUGACUCCCUCAGAAGUAGAAAUUGAUGGGAAUUUUCACAGCGAAGCACAGUGUUCAGUGAAAUUGUAAAACAAUGAUAGAAGCUCCAAAGAAAGAAUUGCUUUGAAGCAGUCGUAUCAACUACUGCGAAAAGGGAAGGAAAUUCCCGAUGGUCUCAUGCUUGCCUUGGUAUUUUUCAUGGCCAACAUGCUGAAACUUUGGUAUCAAACUAUAUUUGUAUCCCUGAAGCAUGUUUCAUGUAUUGUGACUAUAUAGAGAUGUUUUUAAAAGUUUUAAUGUGACUCGAAGGUCCUCAGUCCAUUGUAUGAUGUGUUGUGAUAGCUAACAUUUUAAAUAAAAGAAAAAAUAUCUUGA